GUUAGAUUAUUAGAUCGCAGUCCCAAAUGGUGGCAGCGCGACCUUGAUUUCUGAUUUAAAAGUCAGUCUGAGGUUUUAGGCGAACUAAAAGUUUAUUAUGUUGGCGUAAUUAUGGUUGUCUUACUCAGACCUCGAUAGAGAAGCGAGCCACUACAUUAUGCUUCUUCGUACGUCAUAAGAUAAAAUAGAGCGACGUGUCUAUCGAUAACCUAUGUCGUCCGCAACGUAGUAGGCUAGUACAUCUGAAAAGAAGAUGCCUUCUUGAACAGGUGAUCCCUUGAGAUAUUGAAGGAUCCGCGAUUAGCAUCCAUAAUAUAAAGUAAUUAACAUAUAAUUAGUGAUUCUGCUCAAUAGGAAAAGAAGAGGGGCACUCUAUAAUACAAAGUAAUUAACCUAAGUACACCGAACACUUCCUAUAUUCAUGGCUGGCUAGUCUUUGAGGGCUUUUGGUAAGAACUAGGGUUGGCCAUUCGGUUAUCGGUUGCCGGUUAACCGGCCGGUUAAACCGAUAACCGGCGGUUACCGGUUAACCGGUAAUCGAAAAACAAUAGCUCGGGCGGUUGGCGGUAGAAGGAUUGAGGUGGCCGGUUAACCGGCUAACCGAGGUGAAUAACUGCCGGUUAAACCGACUAACCGGCGCUCUCACUCACCUCCUAAAACGACGCCGCGUCUCCUAAGGGCUAAAUCCCUAAACCGACAAACCCAGUCCUAUCGUCCUCACCAUCGCGAUUCGAGAUUUCCAGUCUCCCUCUCCCUCACUCAGUCACUCACCCCGCCGCCGCCGCCCUCACUCUCCCAGCCGCCGCGCAUCUCCCUCACUCUCUCCCUGCCGCGCGCCGCCGCCGGCCCUCUCACUCUCUCCCUGUCGCGCGGCUGCCCCUGCCGUCGCCGACCCUCUCCCUCACUCUCUCCCUGCGGCCGACGCCACCAUCUCUGUCCCACCUCCUCGAAGCCAGUCGUCGCCAGCCCGCCAUCCCGACGACAAGCUGAUGUGAGUGAGACCUCCCACUCCAAGUCUCCAGUCAACGGUCUACCGAGUCAACAUGCCCCCGGGCCCUUUCAUCUCCACCAACCCUUGCGUCAUCGUCCUGCUCGACGGGAAAAGCUUCCCCAUCCUCUUCGAUCUGUCGAAAGUCGAGAAGAAGGAUCUCUUCACUGGAACCUACAUGCCCUCCACGGAUCUCACCGGCGGGUACCGAAUCCUGUCCUACCUCGACCCCUCCGAAUCCAAUCACGCCAAGCUCAAGCAAUUGCUCUUCAAUUUGAUCAAAUCCCGUCGCGAAUUCGUCAUCCCCGAGUUCAAUUCGGCCUUCACCGAGCUUUUCGAGGUGCUGGAGUACGAUAUCGCGACGAAAGGGAAAGCAGAGUUCGCCGACCCGAACGAGCAGGCCACUUUCAAUUUCCUCUCGCGCGCCUUCUUCGGCGUGAGGCCGAUCGACACAGCGUUGGGGAAGGACGCGCCGACGGUGAUCUCGAAGUGGGUUCUGUUCAAUCUCGCACCGAUCCUCUCCGUCGGGCUGCCGAAGGAGGUCGAGGAAGCCACGCUCCACUCCGUCCGCCUCCCUUCCACGCUCGUACAGAAGGAUUACAACCGCCUCUACGAGUUCUUCGGUUACUUCGGUUAACCGAGCAACUAACCGGUAACCGACCGGUCGGUUACCGGCUAACCGAAGGAUUAGAUCGGACGGUUGUCGGUAGGCUUUCUCCCUGGUGCGGUUAACCGAUAACCGACAUUUCGGUUAUCGGUUAUAACCGAACUAACUGAAAUGCCAGCCCUAUUGGCCGCGCCUACUAAUUCCCCUGAAUUAAUAGGUCGACACUAAAGAAGAAGCUGGUCAGGUCAAUAAAAAAUGGUAUUAUUCUAUACAAUACCCAAUGGAAAUGGCAGAGUCAAGAACGUGGGUUGCAUAGUUGCAUGGGGAAUAUCUGAUGUGCAUCGGAAUUCUUAAAUUUAUUUAUUUAUUUAGCAUGGGAAGUGGAAGCAGAUCUCAUUUCUGCAUUAUGAUAGAUACCCAACACGAAGUCUAUAUAUAAAACCAAUAUACGGGUAGAACAUAAUUUUUUUUGUAUAUUAUGAGGACAGGUGUUUACACUCACUCAAUGUUAAUUCUAACUCCCGUUGAUGGGAAUAUUUUGUAAUUUGUAUUGAUGAUUUGUUUUUUUAGAAAAUGGGACGCUAGAAGGGCACCCUGCCUGGUACUUAAAUUAAACGAUCUUGGGUGAUACCUAUAGUGUCAUACAGGAUCCAAAAAUUAAACGAUCUUGGGUGAUACCCAUAGUGUCAUACAGGAUCCAAAAAUUAAACGAUCUUGGGUGAUACCCAUAGUGUCAUACAGGAUCCAAAAAUUAAACGAUCUUGGGUGAUACCCAGAGUGGAAGGCAAAAAAUGCACGAUUUCCUCGAGAAUAGCCCCCAUCCGAUUAUCUCUAGUAUCAGCCGAAUAAUCUUCUCAAUAAUCACUUUGGCAUCGCCUUUGAACCGCAAUUCCGUGAAUCCGUGGCCCAGACACCAAAAGAUAGCCUCCCAGAGCACGAGCAAUUCAACCACCAUAGUGUCAUCAAUCAACAGAAUUUGAAACCCAUUAACCAUGAGGACUUCCCUAGCUGGAUUCAUAAUGACCAUCCCGCCUGCCGAAUGAGACCCGCUUCUCGUAGCCCCCAUCCCACAUAAAUCCACUAUAUUCGUCCCCCCGGGUCCAAGUGUUGCAUCAAAGGGAUGGACGGCUGAGGCACUCGAUUUGCCGGCAAACUUACCCACUCAUCAUAUUGCUCGUUAAAUUGGCGCAUCAAGGCCGAUAUCCCAAACUGUUUACCCAAAGACAACCCAGUUACGAGACCGUAAGAUCCUCCAUGGGAUGGCAACCACCGCCAUGAAAAGGAGAUGGUUUAUGUAUUAAUGACAACAACUUCUUUAGAAAAAGCGGAAAAGUAUGACGAGGCAACCCUCGGCCCAGAUACUCCAUACCUGAAAAGUCCCAAAGGGCGCGCGGGCCACCAAACAAUAAAGAAACAAGUGUUCCAUUGUUUCUGUAUCAGCCCAACAAAUCGAACAUUUGGGAAGCACAAGGACAUUCUUCUCAAGAUCUAAUCCACUCAAAAUCAUGGGACUAAAUCUGGUUAUGCAUCCUAGCUAGUCCAGACUCCAAAGGCUUUUAUAAUGACAGAUAUAAUAAAAAUGUUAACCCUUUCCUUCAAUUUUUGUUUAUUAGGGCCUCCAUCAUAGGUAUAUUAGUUAAGCCAAUAGUAUACAUGUUGAUUUUGUGUUGCAUAAUUAAUUAUUAUAGGUAUGAUGAUCGACAUAAGUAUGUGAAUGAAUACUAUGAAUAGUCAUUGGUCAGACAACUAUAGUACUGGAGCAUACAAUACUAUAUGAAAUUUCUCUAUUUAGACAAUGAAUUAAACCCAAUUUGGAGUAUGAUGCUAUCAUGACCUCUAAUGAAUAAAGUUCAAGUCU